AAAGGAAUUCCUUUUUUUUGUGUUACAAAUUUGACGGUUUUUCUUGUCACUCAACAACAACAACAUCAGUAAAACUAACAAAAAUAAUGAAAAUAAACUCAAACUUUUUCAAACUAAGCAUGCUUAUAAAGAAAAUUAAGAAAUACAAAAAAUGAAUACAAAAUGAAUUUAGUAAAAAAGUAAAAGAAAAAACAGACAUAUAUAUUUUUGAAAUGCUACUCAAAACAACAAAAAAGUACCAACAGCUGCACAAACAUUCUCAAUGUCAAUGAAUAACCAAAGUAAAUAAUGGUGACAACAAUCAAAAUAACCUGUGAUGGAGUCUUCAUACAUUCAAAUUCAAAAUUAUCUCCAAAAUCUCCAUCGACUGCUAUUAAAUCCCAAAGACUAAGUUCCUCGUCGAUUUCUAGUGCAACGGGCAUAGAUAAUAAACAACAACUUCUAACGAAAACCUCUUCAAUCCACGUGUCAUCAUCAAAGUUAAAGGCCAAUCGUUGUGAUCUAAGUGCCGGUGACGUUUACUUGUGCAAGCAGAUCGUGUCAAAAUCAUCUCCAACAUCCGUCUGUUCGAGGAAUUUACUUCGGAUUUGCCGCAGUACCAGUUAUCUGACAAACAAAGAGCAGAAGCAGCUAUUGCUGCAACAAUCUAUUAGUGGAGGAGGAGUAGGUGGAGAAGUAGCAGCCACAUCAGCUCAAGUCAGGAACAAGUCACUGAGUCAUAAUCAAAGGCACAAUAAUAAGCGACGCAGUCAUCAUAAGUUAUGCCAUGAACUUUUCAUUGCAAAAGACAGCUCCGAUAGUGCAUCGACAUUGGCGUGUGGGUGUGAAAGUAAGAAUAGUUGCAGUGGCAUCGCCAACACUAGCGUCGUCGUUGAUGUGAAAAAGGCCAAAAGUUGCAUUGAACUAAAACGAAAAUCAUUUCCAUCAAGAAAACUACUUGAGAGUUAUUGUUUUUACAGUGAGACCACGACUUGGGAUAAAAAGCAGCCUUACAAGCUCCACCAGCAGCAGCAACAACAACCACACCAACAACACCAAAAAUUGCAACUAAAAAAGAAAGUUGCAGCGCUAUCAGUUCCUAAGAAUCCGGAUCUUUUUACAGCCGAAGCAGCAUUAUUUGAUUGUGAAUUAGUUGAUGUUCCAAAGAAGAAAGGAGAUCAUCAUCAUCAUCAUCAUCAUCUAGAGGAGAAGCAAGAAGAACGAUCCAUAUCGAUAGAGCCAAGUAGAGCAACUUUGUUGUCUUCGUCGUCAUCUUCGUCAUCACAAUCGCCAUCUGUUGGGAAAAUUAAAGAGAAGGUUUCACCCACCACCACAAAUGGCAGCAAUGCGGAUGUAGAUCCUAAAUCGACGGUGCAACGUCACUUGAUUGAUCGCUGCACAACAUCAGCGGUUGAUCCAUUACAUAAUUUGGAUUUUCCAUUAAGAAAAUCCUUGAACUCAUCUGACACUGCAAGAACAGACAACAGCGAACAAACAAUAGUUUAUUCAAGUUGUGGAAAAGAAGAGGCUAAAGAAAGUUCCAAAUCUGGCGUUAUUAUGAACAGUCACGCAACAGCAACGCAAGCCCUUAAUUUGCAAUCCACUGCCGGUCAGACAUCAGUUGUUGGUCAUCAUCGUGGAUUCUCCCAACCAUCGGUUGUAGCCAAUUCGGCCGGUGAUCCAUGGUUUUUACAAUCGACUGGCCAUCAAAUGCCCCCAACCGCGCCUAUUAGGCAUAAUAAACGUCCAGCACCUCAACCAGGUACCGGAGGCAGCUAUAUUGCUGGUGGAAUAAGUGUCAAUAGUGCUUUGUUGCAACAACAGCAACUAAGCCAAUCCCAACCCCAUAUUGUACCACCGACAAUUCCUCCUCAUCAACCUAAUGUGAAUCAACACAUUCAUGUUUCCUCACACGCUUUAAAUAGUCAUAACCUUAUAACAGCCAAUCAUUCGCCCAAGUCGCCAAAUCAAGGUUCUGUUGGAGUGGCUGCCAGUUCGGCUAUAGUCGGGCAACAGCAGCAUAUUCUAGCACCACUGACACAUGCGAUAUCCACAUCGGCUUGUCAGACACAGCAGCUGUUAACCAACUCGUCCAACAACAAUCUGAUGUCUACAUCACUGAAUGCAGCUCAGCUUCAAAGCCACAUGAGUCCAGCGGCUGCAGUUGCUGCUACGAUUGUCAACUCAGGUGCUGGUCAUGCAGUCAAACUGCAUCCUGGUUCGAGUAGCAAUUUGUGUACAGAAACACUGAUGAUGCAUCCAACUCUGCGCCAACAACAACAACAGCAGCAGCAACUACAACAUCUUCCAACGCAACAAUCGGCAAUGUCGUUAUCAAUAUCCCAGUGUCCACCAGUGAUGCAUGUCGCCAUAGGUGGUGGCGUCAGUGGUAUCGGUACUGGCUGUGGAAUUGUUGGGAGCGGCGGAAACGGUGGUGGCGGCGGCGUAAUGUCAACAUCAUUACACAACUUUGAUACAAAUGGUACUGCGUGGAACAGUACGUCAUCUCUCUCGCCCACCCUUACGAAUUCAUCAUCUUCUAUCAAUCAUCAAACUAUUCAACAGCAACAACAGUUACUGCCACAACAACAACAACAAAUACAACCGGGAAUACAACAACAGCAACAACUGAUGCACAGCCAGCAUCAGCAACGGAAAUGCGAAGUGAAAUUGAAUGCAAUGCCUUGGUUCCAUGGAAGUAUUUCCAGGGACGAAGCAGAACACUUGCUCCAACCGCGAGACGAUGGAUUAUUCUUGGUGCGAGAGUCGACAAACUUUCCUGGCGAUUAUACACUGUGUGUUUGUUUCCAAGGUAAAGUGGAGCAUUAUCGAGUGAAAUAUUUGGAAAAUAAACUAACUAUUGACGAUGAGGAAUACUUUGAGAAUCUAGGACAACUUGUAGCUCACUAUGAAAAAGAUGCCGAUGGUCUGUGUACGCAGCUUAUCAAAUGUCUACCUAAAAUGGGAAGGCAGGAGUUCUGCAUUAAUUCAAAAGAUUUUGCAGACAAGGGUUGGGUUAUUCCUGAAGCUGAUUUGCAGCUGCGCGAGAGUAUAGGGAAGGGAGAGUUUGGUGAUGUGAUGCUGGGUAUUCUACGUAGUGACAAAGUGGCUGUAAAAAUGCUUAAAGACGAUGGAGCGGCACAGAAAUUCUUGGCCGAAGCAUCUGUUAUGACAACACUGGAACACGAAAACCUUGUUAAAUUUAUCGGACUUGUUUUUACUAGUAAGCAUAUUUAUUUGGUCACUGAGUACAUGAGCAAAGGAUCACUGGUUGAUUAUUUGAGGUCGCGGGGCCGACAACAUAUUACGAAAAAGGAUCAAAUAAACUUUGCCUAUGACACAUCGUCAGGCAUGGAAUAUUUAGAAGCAAAAAAGGUUGUGCACAGGGAUUUGGCAGCGAGAAAUGUUUUAAUUUCUGAAAACUGUGUCGCUAAAGUUUCUGAUUUUGGAUUGGCUCGGGAAGAAUGUUAUAACUUGGAAGUUGGAAAGCUUCCAAUCAAAUGGACUGCGCCAGAAGCUCUUAAGAAUGGACGAUUUUCAAAUAAAUCCGACAUGUGGAGUUUUGGUAUUCUGCUGUGGGAAAUAUAUUCAUUCGGGCGUGUUCCGUAUCCAAGAAUUCCACUUGCUGAUGUUGUAAAACACGUCGAAGUGGGUUACAAAAUGGAAGCUCCCGAAGGAUGUCCAGCAGAAAUAUAUGAAAUGAUGCGCCAAGCUUGGGAUCUUAAUCCAGCUAAAAGGCCAACAUUUUCCGAGCUAAAAGUAAAAUUGUUGCAUUUAAAAAACACAACAACGUGAAAUGUGUAAUCCAUCAUCAUAACUCAUCCGAUGAUGAUGUCGAAGUCAUAUGUUAUUAUAAGUUAUAUAAUAAAACAAAAAAACAGAAACAGAAACACCUACAUAUAUAAUAAUAAUCUAGCUAUUUAAAAAUGAUUUAAAACAAUAAGAAAAUAUAAAAAGCAAAAAACUUUAAAACAAAAUGAUAAUAUGAGUAAAACUUAAAAAAUAAACAAAAAUAUUAAAAAAAAGUUAAACAGAUAACCAAACGUACUAAUGAUAAUAGUGCAAGGAUGUAUUAUCUCGUAAUAUGUCUAUAUAAAUAUAUAUAUAUAUGAUUGCUAAGUAUUAUUUAUUUGCUCAUUUUUUGUUUUAAUGAUCUAUAGAAGAAAAAAAUAAUAACAAAACGUACAAUCAAAACAAAACGAGAGAAAAAUUUAAUCCAGAAUUUGCUUACUCUGCUACUUAAAUUAUACUAAACCUUGCUUGUCCAUCCCUCUUUUCAACCUUGUUAUAUUCAGUUUGAUUAAAUAUACCUAUAUUCAUAUUUAUUGACACAUACACACAAUACAAACAAUAUAAUGCUAAACAAUAACUAUAUAAAAUAAAACAGGAACUCUUAAGAUAUUUUUGUUCGUAUUUUAACCUAUAAUGCGCAUAAUUUAAUAGAAAAUAACUACUUUCUCUUGUUAUAAAUAUUUUGCUACUAUUAUUUCUUUUUGUUUUAACUUUCAACCUACACAGACACUCAUUGUAAAUAAAAAUAAGAAACAGAAGACCAAGAAAGAAAUAAGUAAAAAGAAUUGUGUAAAUUUAUCGAUCGGUGUUAGUGGAAUAAUAAAAAAUUGUAUGUUAAGAAAUCUUAAUUUUUAGGUAAACCUACUUUAAGUUAUUCAAAACAAAAAAAAAAACAAAAAACAUGUACAUUUUAUUAUAAAUGCAUUAAAAAUUAUUUUCUUUUAAAUAUGAUUCUGUGUAAAUUACGCAUACAAUAAUUUCUUCUUAAAAGUACUUGUAUGUAUAUGUCUCAUCUGGUAACAUCAUUAAUUUUACAAACUUAUUGCAGUUCAUUGUUUGAAAUCCUAGUGUUCGAUGUCCUCAUUUGGAGGAACGUUUUAUAAAUUAUACAAUUUCGGAAAGCAAAGUAGGUAUUAAGUUUCCUAAAGGGGUUCAAAAAUUUUAAACCCGUUUAAUCAAUAUUCCGAUAUAACAAAUUGUUAGCCCCAAAUAUAAGAACAGAAAAAAUUCGACGUUUUAACUUUACAAUUUUUAGAAAGCAAUAGUCUUUUGAGGAAUGAACAUAGCUUUCGCGCAUCAAGGGAACUUAGUAAAUGUUAACAUAUUGAACUAUUGUACAUGUUUGAUCUUAUUUAGUAUUCUGAAAAAAUAAGAAUUUGUUAACAUUUAAAACAAUAUAUUUAAUUCAAAGUUUAUGAGGAAGAGACAUGCAAAUAUUUUCUAGAAAUACCACUGGCCGAUAAGGUUUUGUUCUUCCUGGCAAUCAAAUUGCACUUGAUAGGUUUUGAUAGUUUUGAUUCAAGUCCGAUUUCAAGUUAGGUUUUUAAGAAAUUACUGUUUAAAAUAAAAAAAAAACGUAUAAAAGGUUGUUUGGGACUGUCAAAAUGUAUGGUUAUUCAAAUAUAUAAUCCCUUUCUUCGAUAUUCCGUUGAAAUAUUUACAGUAUUUCAUAAAUUGUUUGAAAAAUCUUUAUAAGUUGUUACAUUUCCCUGUUUUAAAAAAAACUUUAAGCCGUUAGUGCAAAAACGGUUUUGUUCGCGUCGUCAUAACAGUUCUAUCAUAUCAAGUUUUUUAAAUAUACAGGGAUCGUCAGCGAAUUAUAGAAGAUUUGAAAAAAGGUUACAUACCCAUUUUUACACUAAAUCUCAACUUUUAUUUAUGAUUGCAUCUAUUACCAAUCCAGUUAACAAAACGGAAACAGAAAAUAAAUAUUAAUUACAUACGAAAAAUCACAUCAGGUAAGUGCUGUCCAUUUUUGUUAAAACACUCUUGGAAACGUUGUGAGAAGCUCUGUUUAUUCUUCUGAAGCAUUUGAUGUAGAAACUGCUCGAAAAUCUUGGAUUAUUUUAUCACUUAGGGCUUUAAAUAUACGUGGUUUUUUUAUGUAUAUGUGCUUUGAGAUUUCCCCAUAAAAAGUUAUCACAUGGUGACGGAUCCGGUGAUUGAAGGUGCCAUUGCACAUCUCCUCGCAAUGAAAUCAGACGUCUGGGGAAUGUUUCUCUUAAAAAACCCAGUUUUGCUUUUGGUAUAUGGGAAGUCACCCCAUCUUGUUAAAUUAAUCAUACAGUAUUCAAGUUGAUCCGUCGUCUUCUCAGUUGCGGCAAUAAAAAUGAAGUCUCGAUCAAUACCAAAUAAAACAGUGGUGAUCUUAUGAAUGUGGAGAGGUUGUUGUUGGAGGUCUUGUGGUAUUUUAGACGCCAAAUACCACACUUAAUAAAUGAAAGUGCGCUUCGUCGCUCAUUAUCAAAACAGUGGCAUCCGUGAAGAUUUAAAACAUUGCUUGGACCACGGCUCCAUGGCUAUUGCAAUGAUAUCUCGCAACGAGUCGAAACUGCUCAUACUCAUAAUAACACGCUUUCCACCAAUUCGCUUGUCGCCCGUUCAAAUCUUCCAUUCAAUCUGGACCCUGCAUUCAAAAAUAUAAAAAAAAAAUCAAAUCAAAGGUAGAAAUGAAAUCAACACUAAAAAUUAUGUCCGAAUCGUAUUUUUCAAAGCUUCGUAUAGAAUCAAAUAAAGACUAAACACUAAUGAUUUAAACUAUAUCUAGAAGAUAAAGGCUUGCAAAACCAUCAUUCAACUCAUUGUUACGAGAUACAUAUGUUGAGUUUUGACUUAGUCUUUAAAACCUAUUUUAAAAAUCGAAUGUGAUACACAAAUUUCAAGAUCAGAUUCGAAUUCAGGACAUCUUAAUCCUUGAAAAAACGUAAUUUUGUCGACCAGUGUGAUCAGUAUAAUAAAAUAUACAUGAAGUAAAAACUAUGUUUAAGAACAAGUUAUACAUAUUUAAUAUUUCAAAUUGUAGUAAUAAAGCAAUAAUAUAAUUCGAAUUCGCAAAGUAUGAAGAGUGAAUACUUUAAUGGUGCAUGUCGAAAAUGGUGUCUAUAACUUAACCUGGAGUUAUUGAUCUUUAAUAAAAUGUCUUAGACUUUUUCGGUGUGAAUAUGUCGAAAAUAUUCUUGACUUCCAACAAGAUACGGAUUAUUGCAUGGUAAAAUAUUUAACAAUAUCAUAUUAUAAAAACAGUGAAAUAUAGUUAGUGAGCCAUUUAAUACAGUCUUUAUUUCCAUAACUACCUUUUCCUGAUGUCGCACGCAAAAACGUAAAAUAAUCAUGCUGAGCUUUAAAAGGACAUUCCCGAUAUUCUAACUUUUUUUUUAAUAUUUGUAUGUCAAGCUGGUAUUACUUCCUUCGAAAUGUAUCCCUACCAAUUAGUUUAAGCUAAGUGUAAAGUCCUAAACACCAUACUUCUGUAGGCCUUUCACCAACAUUAAAAGCAAUCAUACAUUUCCUUAUAGGCUGUUUCAGUUCACACUUGAUUUUUUCAAACAUUUUAUCUCAUCUAAAUAAAUGUUCUCAUUAAAAUUAAAACAAAGCAAUAUAGAAUAUACAAUAAAGAGACAAAGGUCAUCGAUAAACUCUUAAAAAAAUACUAUUAGAAAGUUUAUACUUUUACUUUCGUCUUUUUAACAUUUUUAGUUGUUUUCAUGCAGACCAGAUCUUAUGGUAUUUUCAUAGUAGUUACUGUUUACAAUGUGUGUAUUCCUUUUUACCCAUACAAAAAAUAACAAUUCUUAAUAAAUAAAAGGCAGCUCUUGGCAUUUGUUUCUUUUUGUAAAUUUUUAAUUUGUUUCUUUUAUCUUUGCCCUUCAUCAAUCAUUUUGUAUUAUUUAACGAAUCUCAUCCCAUUUGUUUUAUGUAAAAAAAAAAAUAUCUAAUUGUUUUAUGUUCACUAAAUACAUUCAAAAGAGAAAAAUAACUUCCUAUGGGAAGUUAACAAAACGGAGAUAUCCUAUUGGAGAUAUAUCUUAUUGCAUGAACAUUUAUAAUUUAAUUAUUAUUUAUAGUUUUUAAUUAGUUAAUUAAACGUUAAUACAAAAAAAAAUGUUCGAUACGUAAAUAUUUAGUUUAUAAUAUGAGCUAAAUACCAGCAUUAGUUUGUAACGAGACUUAACUAUUGUUUUCUAAUAUUACUUAAAAAGAUCUAAUAAAAAUUGUUUACAAUA